AAGUAAAACAUUUUGCUGAAAUAUCAGUAAAAUUUGCGAGAAGGGAAAUUAAACUAGAAAGGUUGCAAUUUAUUCCUCUCAGCUGCCGGUCACCAUCUAAGAAUCUUAACUAAUUUGACCUAGUUAAUUCUUCACAAGCGGCACGAAUUCCUGUCACUGUUACAAAUAUUACAAAGCAGACGACCUCCAGCAGCCGACCAACUGAUUUCCCGCACUUUCUCAAAUUUCACCCAUCCCACUGCAGGCUAUAGGAGAGGCAUCGUCAUGGAUCGAUUUCCGCCUCACAAAGUUCUUAUUUUAGAAAGUUCGUUCCGACAGUCGCCAUAUCCAUCGGGCCAGGAAAUACAAAGCUUAGCAGACCGUCUGAAGGAAAAAACUAAACGCAUCAAGAACUGGUUUACAAACAGACGUACAAAAGCAAAGAGGAUUCUUGCUAAAAUUCACAACCAAUCGGAAAAACGAGUUCAUUUCAAAUGUGUGCGUGGAAAAUACAUUUGGAAGGCGUCCAAUACGGUCAUUCAUCCAUCAAAUACGUCACCUCUUAUAGCACAAACGUCAUCAUACGAUCUGUGUCAAACAACGUCUGACGUAAUUGCGUCCAGCCAAUCGUCUACAUUACAAGAAAAUAGCUCGACCAAUCACAUAAUCAGUCCCGACCAAAGGAUAACCAGAACCAAAAGCCCAAGAUCAUGUUUUUCCUGCGAAUCCGAAAACAAUAUAGCCGCUGAUCGGAAGGAACGGUAUGCACGUGGUCGAAAAACGCUUCAGGAAAGAAUGGAAAAUCGGCAGUACGACGGGUUUGAUUGUAUAGCAGAUUUAGAGUACCAGGAACUAAUGCAGGAAAUGGACACUCAGUGAGAGAAACAUUAAAAAUAAACACGGCGCUUAAAAAAUAAAAUUGUUAAACAAAA